GAAGUAGACGUUCAGACCUGGGAUCCGCGGCGCCAACUCCACAUCCGGGAGCGGAGAGGAGAGCGGAAGUGGCGUUGGUCUGGCCGGAGCCCUUGGGUGGAUUUGUUAGGCGUGGAGAGGGAGUGAUGUCUUCCAGACUCGGUGCAGUACCCGCCACUCCGGAACCCACAUCCUUUAAGCAACAGAGGAGCACGAAGAUCGUGGGAGCUAAGAACAGGACCCAGUGCUCCAUAAAGGAUAAUAGUUUCCAGUACACUAUCCCUCACGAUGACUCCUUAAGCGGCUCAUCAUCUGCCUCUUCAUGUGAGCCAGUGAGUGAUUUUCCACCGUCCUUCCGAAAAUCUACAUACUGGAUGAAGAUGAGAAGGGUCAAGCCAGCAGCUGCUUCCCGUGUUGAAGGGUCAGGUGGACUAUCAACCAAAGGAAAAAGGAAACCCAGGCAGGAAGAAGAUGAAGACUAUCGAGAAUUUCCUCAGAAGAAGCAUAAGCUUUAUGGGAGGAAGCAACGGCCUAAAACUCAACCUAAUCCCAAAUCCCAGGCUCGUCGUAUUCGGAAGGACCCACCAGCUUAUGCAGCAGGCAGUUUGGAGGAACAGUGGUACUUAGAAAUCGUGGAUAAAGGCAGUGUCUCCUGUCCUACCUGCCAGGCAGUGGGAAGAAAGACCAUAGAGGGCUUAAAGAAACACAUGGAGACCUGCAAACAGGAAAUGUUUACUUGUCAUCAUUGUGGAAAACAGCUCCGUUCACUGGCAGGGAUGAAGUAUCACGUCAUGGCAAAUCAUAACAGCUUGCCCAUUUUGAAGGCUGGAGAUGAAAUAGACGAGCCAAGUGAGAGAGAACGGCUCCGAACAGUGCUAAAGAGACUGGGAAAGCUCAGGUGCAUGCGUGAGAUCUCAUUCUUUCCAGAGUCAGGACAGCCAGAGUGCUUAAAGGAGAUGAGCCUGGAGCCAAAGAGUGGGGGUCGAGUUCAGAGGCGUUCUGCCAAGAUAGCUGUAUACCACCUGCAAGAGCUGGCUUCUGCUGAGCUGGCCAAGGAAUGGCCCAAGAGGAAGGUGCUUCAGGAUUUGGUACCUGAUGAUCGGAAGUUAAAAUAUACUCGCCCUGGGCUACCUACCUUCAGCCAGGAAGUCCUACACAAGUGGAAGUCAGAUAUCAAGAAAUAUCAUCGCAUUCAGUGCCCUAACCAGGGUUGUGAGGCUGUCUACAGUAGUGUAUCAGGCCUUAAAGCUCACCUGGGCUCUUGUACCUUGGGAAACUUUGUGGCUGGAAAAUACAAGUGUCUUCUGUGUCAAAAAGAAUUUGUGUCAGAGAGUGGUGUCAAGUAUCAUAUCAACUCUGUCCAUGCCGAGGAUUGGUUCGUUGUAAACCCAACAACAACCAAAAGCUUUGAAAAGCUAAUGAAGAUAAAGCAGCGGCAGCAAGAAGAAGAAAAGCGGAGGCAGCAGCACAGGAGCAGAAGGUCUCUGCGAAGGCUGCAGCAGCCUGGCAUCGAGCUUCCGGAGGCAGAGCUGAGUCUUAGAGUAGGGAAGGAUCAGAGGAGGAGUACCGAGGAGUUGCUAGUGUCGACCUCCUGUAAGGAACCGGAGCAGGAGCCGGUGCCAGCACAGUUCCAGAAAGUAAAGUCCCCAAAGACAAAUCAUAAACGAGGAAGGAAGUAGGCAGGCAGUGUGAAAGCUCCUAGGAGAGCAGACGUGACGCUGUUGUCACGGGGACCUGUGCUGGGAGGACUGAGUCACGGGGGCUGAGUGAGGGGAAAUGUACUCUCGCAGCUGUUUGUGUCAGGCUGUGACUUUCUCAGCUCCUUCCUCCUGUGUAAAUUUUACUGUUCUCCCUAUUUAUUCACUUUGACCCCCCCACCCCACCCCAGUCCCCUUUUGGGUAGGUUUUCCUGCUGUUCCUCAUUGGAGUCCUCUUGUUUUUCUCUUAUCUUGCCCAAAGAGCUCCCUUUAAAGGCCAACUAUGGGCCCCUCUUGCCCUGUACAAAACUGAGAAACCCGUUUGGUUGUCCUUGUCCUUCCUGGGCUAUAGAAUGUUCUUGGACUUUCCACUGAUUAAGUAGUCAUUCCAUCAUCUCGCUUAUAAAACAAUUCCAAAUUAAUUUUUUAAAAUCAUACUGACUUAUCAUUUUGUAUUUGUGAUAUAACAAUCCUAGAAGCUAGAACUGUUGUCACUCAUGUACUAUGCGUAUCCUGUCUCCUUGGGAAACAGAUUUUAUGGAGACUGUUUGUUCUUUCAAUGUGGUUUUAGGAUUGAAAGUAAGAAAAUGGAUUUAGGAUGAAAAAGCCAGAACCUCUCUACACUGGUUUUACUGGGAAAUGUUUUGUUUGUCCCAAGUAGCAGUGACUGACUGACUAGACCCACAAGCAUGAAAAGCAGCCCAAAUAUUGACAUGUCCCAAACAUGAAAAUGAUUGGAAAGAAGCAAGUAGAAGCAGCAGUAAAUACUGCCUUGACUUUCUUGGGGCUUGAGGCCUCAUCAGUUGUUAUGAUCAGUGCCCUCCGGAAGCUUGUUUUCUCCCCCAGUUUUAAGAAUUGAGAAAUACCACAUUGCACUUGAUGUUUUGACACAGAAUCCUAGUGUUCCUGGUAAUGCCACUAAGAUUGGUAGCCAAGGUACACAUUCCUUCUCCCCUGGACUUGACCUCACUUGUUAGUCUACACUGUGCUAAGUCUUUAUUCCUCCCUCUAGCCAACCUCUUUGUCUCUUGGAGUUUUCUGAGAAUUUUGUCCUCUGUCCUCUUUCAUAUGUGGAGUUCUAUUCUCUUUAUAUCUUGAGACUUUGAUACCAGAUGUAGAUAUUUAUCUGGUGUUGGAAAGACAAAUUCCUUUUCUGUACCUCAUGCCUACCUGAUAAAAAAUGUCUAGUGGGCUACUUUUCUUCGAGGCUGGCUUUCUCUGGCAGCUCUGUUGUUGUGUUUCUAGAUUCUCUUCCCCUUUGCCACAAAUACUGGUCUUAUAUAUUCUUGCCAUUUUUUGUGGCAUAUGCCACAUAAAAAGCAAGGACCCUGAACCCCGAUAUGGAUAAAUACUACUUUUUCAAAUUCUGAGAGGCUGUUACUACUCUUGAACUCUGUAUUCUGUGCUGCUCCACAGAGCUUUAAAAUGUGGGCUUUUGUGAAGACCACUUUCCAACAAGGGAGCAUUGAAAUGAGAUUUGGAUAUUGCCAGAAUAGACGGUCUUGAAACAAGUCAAGGACGUGGUGUGUCCACUCUACGUUUUCAUUGGCAUUUGCACCCUUAAAAUCCUUUCGGUAGAUGAGGAUUGUCAGGGAGGAGAAAUGAAGAAGCUAUAUUAAUUUCUGGUGAGUAAGACUCGGGGAAUGUUGGGCAAUGACAAAAGAAAUAAAUGACUGUCGGUUAGAAUGAUGUUUCCAGUUGUUCAUUGACUCCGAUCUGCUGCUUGACUCCUUGCUGACACAGUGUAUGGGGUAAGAAAAUGGCUAGACAUGGGGGUGGGUUUGAAAUAAGUACCAAAUGCGGGGUCUUGGUAGUUUUUUGGCCCCUGAAAUCUUCUGGUUAAAACGAGUAAUUUGUUUCAGAUUAAAGUGAAUUAGUAUAGGAAACUUGUCCAGUCUCAUCCAGGGCCCUUGCAGGCACUUUAAUUAAUUUUUCCUUUCUGGGGCGCCUGGGUGUCUCAAUUGGUUAAGCAUCUGACUUUG